ACUGUGGGACAAAGAGAGAGAGAGAGAGAGAGAGAGAGAGAGAGAGAGAGAGAGAUAUAUUACCCCCUCUGACUCCAACACCGAGAGACUCACUCAUUUCCCCCACUCUCAACAGCUGAGUUCAACGCGACUGGACUCUCUCUCUCCUCUGGAUACCUUUACUCUUCAUAGAAAAUGGAGAUUUAUGUCAAGGAUAUGAAGAAACCAAGAUCAGUGUUCAGCAAUAUAAAGAUGUUUGUCCUGUGUCAUGGCCUGCUGCAGCUCACCCAGCUCCUGUACAGCUCCUACUUUAAGAGCACCAUCACCACCAUUGAGAGACGCUUUGGCCUCAGCAGCUUCUCCUCCGGUACUGUCUCCUCUCUGCACGAGGUGGGGAACACAGUUCUGAUAGUUUUUGUGAGUUACCUGGGCAGCAGGGUCCAUCGGCCUCGUCUUAUUGGACUGGGUGGCCUGCUGAUGUCCAUCAGCGCGCUGAUCCUGGCCUUACCUCACUUCCUGUCCCAGCCCUAUGAGUUUGACUCUGUCAUACAUGACCGCCAAGACCUGUGUUCCCUCCAGGGUACCUCCAACACCACAGAGGCCUGUGGGAAGACAGAGAUCAAGCGUAUAGCAGACACCAACAACUUGUGGCUGCUCAUGGCUAUAGCUCAGCUGCUGUUCGGAGUGGGGUCUGUUCCCAUACAACCUUUUGGUAUCUCUUAUGUGGAUGACUUCGCCGGACGAGGCAACUCCCCCCUCUACAUAGCCAUCCUGUUUGCUGUGUCUGUGUUUGGACCUGCCUUUGGCUUCCUGCUGGGCUCCGUCAUGCUGAGGAUCUAUGUGGACGUGGACAGAACCGGCUCAGUCACCAAUGCUGAGCUGGCCCCUACAGACCCUCGAUGGGUGGGUGCGUGGUGGAUGGGCCUCCUCGUCUCCUCUGCCAGCCUAGCCCUGACCUCCACCCCAUACUUCUUCUUUCCUCGCAGCAUGCCACUGGAAGGCAAUGUAAGUGGAACUGACAUUCUGAAUGAAGGCUCCGAAAAGCCUGAGAUCUCACUGCUUGAUUUCCUUAAGAUGUUCCCCAGGCUGUUUGUUCGUCUGCUCCUCAGUCCUCUGUUCCUGCUGUUGGUUCUGUCUCAGUGCUGUUUUUCUUCAGUCAUCGCUGGCCUCGCCACCUUCCUCAACAAAUUCCUGGAGAGACAGUACAGCACGACUGCCGCUUACAGCAGCCUCCUCAUAGGUGCGGUGAACCUUCCUUCGGUUGCCGUGGGGAUGCUGGUGGGCGGGGUCAUCAUGAAGAGGAUGGGUCUCUCUCUUAAGGCCAUCCCUCGUUUCUCUGUCGCCAUGCUGUCCAUCUCUGUCCUCCUCCUCAUCCCCCUCUUCUUCAUGGGAUGUCCCACACAGAGGGUGGAAGAGGUCAACUAUGGAUUCCAAGGGUCUCUGGCCAAUUGUUAUUCCAACUGCUCCUGCCCUGCUGACUCCUUCAACCCAGUGUGUGGAACUGACAACACUGAGUACCUGUCUCCCUGCCAUGCAGGUUGCAAAGACUACACCAAAGACCCCAACAACAAAUUCAGAGUUCUGGAGUACACAGACUGUAUCUGUACAGCUCACAGCCAGGGUAGUGGUGGGGGUACUGCCCGCCCCGGCCCCUGCCCCAACCAAUGUCCUCACUUCCUGCUUCCUGUCAUGUUCCUCAUCUCUCUGGCCGCGAUGAUCGCCUCUCUAACACACAAUCCCAUCUAUAUGAUGGUCCUCAGAACUGUUCCCCAUGAAGAGAAAUCUUUUGCCAUCGGAGUCCAGUUUCUGCUCAUGAGAGUGCUUGCCUGGUUACCAGCCCCAGCCCUGUUCGGCAUGACCAUCGACAGCGCCUGUAUUUGGUGGAAACAAGCCUGUGGCAACCGGCUGGGCUGUGGUUACUAUGACAAUAACACCCUGAGGAACAGAUACCUGGGUCUGCAGGUGGGCUUCAAGGUGAUGGGGAUCUUCCUGCUGGGGCUGGCUGGAUGGAAGGUCCAGAGGACCAGGGAGUACAACCUGGAAAAACAGCCUAAUGGACCACUGUGAUCCUGGGAUAUGACUGCUCGCUGGGCUCCUUAACUCCUUCCUUCCUCCCCCCUCCCGCCGUCCCUCCCACACGAUAGAGACUGGCCCCUGAGGACCACUUUACCCCUCCCUCCCGUUUCACACGAUAGAGACUGGCCACUGAGGACCACUAUACCCCUCCCUCCCAUCUCAAACGAUAAAGACUGGCCACUAAGGAGCACUAUACCCUUCCCUCCCACACGAUAGAGACUGGCCACUGAGGACCACUAUACCCCUCCCUCCCACACGAUAGAGACUGGCCAGCGAGGACCACUAUACCCCUCCCUCCCCUCUCACACGAUAGAGACUGGCCACUGAGGACCACUUUACCCCUCCCACCCACACGAUAGAGACUGGCCACUGAGGACCACUUUACCCUUCCCUCUCACACAAUAGAGACUGGCCACUGAGGACCACUUUACCCCUCCCUCCCUCUCACACGAUAGAGACUGGCCACUGAGGACCACUUUACCCCUCCCUCCCACACGAUAGAGACUGGCCACUGAGGACCACUAUACCCCUCCCUCCCACACGAUAGAGACUGGCCACUGAGGACCACUCUACCCCUCCCUCCCACACGAUAGAGACUGGCCAGUGAGGACCACUAUACCCCUCCCUCCCCUCUCACACGAUAGAGACUGGCCACUGAGGACCACUAUACCCCUCCCUCCCACACGAUAGAGACUGUCCACUGAGGACCACUAUACCCCUCCCGUCUCACACGAUAGAGACUGGCCCCUGAGGACCACUAUACCCCUCCCUCCCACACGAUAGAGACUGGCCACUGAGGACCACUUUACCCCUCCCUCUCACACGAUAGAGACUGGCCACUGAGGACCACUUUACCUCUCCCUCCCUCUCACACGAUAGAGACUGGUCACUGAGGACCACUUUACCCCUCCCUCCCACACGAUAGAGACUGGCCCCUGAGGACCACUUUACCCCUCCCUCCCACACGAUAGAGACUGGCCCCUGAGGACUACUUUACCCCUCCCUCCCACAC